AUGCACUGCCUCCCGACCGGCCAGCCUUUGAAAAACUUGGUCGUGCUUAUGGCGAUAAGAGACUUCCAGUGCACUUUCGCCCUGUUGGUUUCUUGCGUUGAGAUCAACGCCCUCAAAUCCGAGUAUAAUGUCUACCAGUCGAGCCCGCUCGCUCAAGAAAAGUUCGACCACCGACCGUGGACGCCUUUGGAUGGCGAGCCAGAGCGGGUCAUCUUCGCUUUCGUCGACUGCAUUGAUUCAAAUGUCUUUCGCACCCAGUAG